AUGAGCGACCCCUCCUACUCCGCUGCCGGCGCGCGCAUCAGUGCAGCAGCGCGGCUGCGGGCGGCGCUGCGGCCGCCCCUGGAGCUGGCCGUGCAGGAGGUGGAGAUGGCCCUGACCCACAGGGACUACGGCCGCUGGCGGCCCUACAGCGUGGACGGCGGACGGGGGCACGGGCGCGGCGCCGACCUCGACAGCGGUGCUCCGCUGUCCUCACACCCAGAGCUCUGA